GAGCCACAGUGCGGCAGGAAAACCGCACCGCGGCACCGAGGAAUAGAAUAGAGGAGGGAAUGCCAAACAAAUAGGUAAUUCAUACAAUAAUACAUGGACAUGAAAGGGACAAGCCGUCUGCUUUCAAAGAACCCAAAGAAUGGAAAUAUUUCUGUUUCCAUUCCAGCUGAAGAGCGGUUUUUCCCCUGAAAUCCAAGGAAACCUUUCCAGCUUGGUCUGACGAAGCCCAUUUCCACUGGUUGACAGCAGUAUGGAUGAAAAGCGCCAAGACUAGCGACUCAUUGUGUCAACGAGGCUCAAUAAGACAACAAAAAAACAGCCAAACUAUCAAUUUAUGACUGAAAGGACCCGUGAAUACUCUGCUGAAAGACGCUGCAUCUCAUCAUUUUACAGCCGUUCAUUGUUUUCCAAGAAAUUCCAGUAGUGGGAUGCUUUCGGGUUGUGUUGCUUCAUAGGGUUCAAGAAUACAGUUCAGGGAGAAAUAUGGGUGAAGUUCAGGACGUCAGGGAUGUUAAGAAGACCUUCGUUGCUCCAGCAAUAAAGUCUUUUGAGCACUAUGACUUCCCCCGAGCAAAAAUCUGUUGCAGCCUCACCUGGCUGGUGGCCAAAGCAUACGGGACAGACAGCAUCCCGGCAGACUUAAAGGACCCCUUCUACACAGACCAGUAUGAGCAGGAGCACCUGAAGCCUCCUGUGGCCAGCCUCCUGCUGUCUGCAGACCUCUACUGCAGGGCCGGCAGCAUCGUCCUGAAGAGUGACGCAGCCAAGCCUCUGCUGGGCCACGAUGCUGUCAUUCAGGCGCUGGCUCAGCGUGGACUCUACGUCACGGACCAGGACAGACUGGUCACUGAGAGGGACCUUCGAAAGAGGCCUCUGCAAAUGAGCGCUCACAUGGCGAUGAUCGAUACUCUGAUGAUGGCGUACACAGUGGAGACGGUGAGCAUUGAGAAGGUGAUGGCCUGCAUUCGUCAGUAUUCAUCCUCCGACCCUGAGGUGGAAACACCUUAUGACACAGAGGACGCAGUGAACACCUGGAUCAACAAGGUAAACGAGUAUCUAAAAGACAUUGUGUGUCAGGAUCAGAGGAAGAGCGAGACGCAGAGCACGGAGCCUGCUGGGAGUCCUCGGUCUCCAACCAAGUGGUACAUGAAGCUGGUGCCCGCUCGCUACAGGAAGGAGCAGGCCUCGACCCAGCUGGUUCCCUGGAUCCCCCCAGUGGACAAUCUGCUGAAAGACAGCACGGACGGCUCUCCCCUGUGCGCUCUGUUGCACUUCUACUGCCCUCAGCUGCUAUCAUUGGACGAUGUUUGUCUGAAGGAGAACAUGACGCUGGCUGAUCGGCUGUACAACCUGCAGCUCAUACAGGACUUCUGCAAAGACAACCUGAACAGCUGCUGCCACUUCUGCCUGGAGGACAUGCUCUACGCCUCCUCCACCAUCAAGAAUAACUACCUGGUGUUCAUGGCAGAGCUGUUUCAGUGGUUUGAGGUGGUCAAGCCGUCUUUUGUGAAACCAAGAAUGCUGGACAACGAAGCCAAAGAGUCACCCUCGUCCUUGUUGAAAAAUAUCCCAGCCAUCCCCAUCUCCAAGGCAACCAAGAGGAGCUUCAUGGAAAGACCCCCAAGUCCUGAAAGACCCAGUUUGCCCCUACGACCCCAGCCUCGAAACUCAGGAGAGAUCAAGAGGUCAACCUCUAUGUCCUUUGUCGAUGGCAACCUCGGCACUUGGCCCAAAGAAAAAAGGUCUGGGCCUUAUGGAGUGUCUUUUGACAUCCCAUUUGACAAAGAGGACUCUGCUUCCGCCGGUCUUUCCUCCAUGCGUGGCAUGGUCAGGUCCAUCAGCACUGAUGAUGGUUCUGGUUUCAAGGUCCACCACCUGCCCCGGGGAAUGAAGCGUAAUCUGUCCUUCCAGCCAGUGAAUGGUCAGAGUGUUGGCAUUGAUGAGGAGGGCUGCCCAGACAGCCUUGCUGGUAUGGAGCCUACCAGGAGAGCGUACCCCAACGGUCAUGGAAGUGUCAUGGCAACAACUCCCUCCAUAGAGGAAGCCCUUCAGAUUAUCCACAGCCCAAAUAGGCCCCCAGCGGAGGGGGUCAACAGCGGUUUCUUCCUGCACACUCCACACGGGGCUGGUGUUGGUGUCUUGGAGCCAGUGUCAGAGUUGGACUCCAAAGGGCCUCUGAGUAACACUGACACCACCGAGGUGGACACUGGCAUCCAUAUCCGAACAGAAGACAUGCUGGAUGAGGAUUCCUCUCUGAAAGACUGCUCUGUAAACAUGGACCUGGAUAUGGACACGCCAAGCCCCUGCCCGAGCAGCCAGAGCAAGUCCCCCUCAGGAUUUAGGAUGACCAGCUUUUCUGACCAGAAGAAGAAGAAGCAUACUCCGUCAUUGCCAGACUCAGGGAGGUGCAGUAGCAGCUCCCUCAAGACCACUCCUGAGGGCUCUGAAUUUGGCCUCCCGUUGUCUGUCUCCUGGGCCCCGACCCCUGAGCACAGCCCCAUCCAUCAACCAACCACACCGUCCCUCACUGUUCAUGCAUCGCCCAUACCUUUACAACUUCCAGCCAAUGACCCCGCUCAGGUCAUGGCUACGGAGAUGGUACAGCUGAGGAUGAGGCUGGAAGAGAAACGUAAAGCCAUCGAAGCACAGAAGAAGAAAGUUGAGGCUGCUUUUACAAGGCAUCGGCAAAAGAUGGGCCACUCUGCGUUUCUCAAUGUGGUAAAGAGAAAAGGAGACGGGGCUGCCAGUGGGGAGGAAGGAGGGAAAAUUGAGGGAGAAGUCAAGGCAGCGAGCACAAGUCCCACCUUCAAAUUUGGAAGGAGCAAGGCAGACACACCCGAUGGGGCUGAGCAAAGCAGCACAGCCUCCUGUUGGACAAAGUCACCUGGUGCAGGAGAGGAAGGUGGUCAAAGCCCUGCUCAGCUAACCGAGGUAGAUCUCACUGAGUAUACGCGUUCUAUUGAUAAACUCAACCAUUCAUUAGCCUUCCUUCAGACUGAGAUGCAGCGACUGGCUCAGCAGCAGGAAGUGAUCAUGGCCAUGAGGGAGAAACAACAUCAGCAGGCGUGGGUAAUUCCUCCUCCAUAUACAAACCCAUCGCCACAAAAACACAGUCGAGCCGUUACUCGAUCCUCAGGACCCUCUUCUCCUGCCGACUCCCCCCUUUCUACCCACCGCUCUCCAACCAGCAUCAAACGCAAAUCUGCCUCCUUCCACUCACGCAAUCCUCGCACCGCUCGACCCAACGAGCUAAAGCUUGCCCCUUACAAUCGAGUCCUAAAUGCCCCACAAUCUGUCGACAGCAUCCCCAGGCUACGGCGAUUUUCUCCAUGCCAGCCCUUGGCAUAUUCCAUGGUUUACAUGGGCGAGAAACCAGCAACCGCCAAUCGAGAGACGGUGGCCUCAGACGGAGAUAACAACAAGGAGACAGAGUCACUCCUUUCCCCAGAGAGGGAGAUCGGCAGUAUAUGUGUAGCCCACUCACCUCCCAGUUCCCCCAACCUGCAGAACAAAAUAGAACAAACAGAAGCAGAUUCAGUUCAGAAGUCAGUUGCAGAUCUGAAGCCUACCAUAGAGUCAUCAUUUCCUGAGGUUCUCGCGCACCCUGUGGUAGAGACCGUCACGGUGGCACCUACAGAGAUUCCUGCCCAGCCAGAAGCCUCAGGGCAGGUCAAGAGCAACUUAAUUGAGGUUCCUCUGUCAGUCGUGAAGCCACUGGAGGAUCUGGCACUUGAUGAUGGUCUGGAGAUGCAGCAGGGUGACGUGGAAGGCCCGGAUCAUGAUCAGAGGAUAGCUCGUGGUUUCUUCUUCAAGGCGGAUGGAACGACAGAGGAGAACAUGGCUCAGAAGAGGGCUGCACUGUUGGAGAAAAGGAUGAGGAGGGAGAAGGAGAGCCAGCAGAAGAAGAUGCAGCAGGAGGCGGAGUUGGAGCAGAAGAAGGAGGAAGCUCGACUGAAAGCAGAAGAGGAGCGCGUCCGGAAGGAGGAAGACAAGUCCAGGAGGGAGUUCAUCAAACAGGAAUAUCUCCGGAGGAAGCAGCUAAAACUGAUGGCGGACAUGGAUACUGUCAUUAAACCACGACCAGCCGGCGGGGCCAAGCAGAGACGGGGGCGCCCAAAGUCCAUCCAUCGCGAAAGCAUGGACUCCCCCAAAACCCCUGUCAGAGCUGCCACAGUCUCCAGCUUGUCCCUUGCUUCCCUCAACCUGGGAGACAGCGACAGUGUUCACUCUGAGAAGAGAUCGCCAAGGCCAGAUUCUGCAGAUGGCUUCCUGUCCCCGAGUCGCUCUAGCAGCAGAAAUGGAGAAAAGGACUGGGAAAAUGGAUCCACAACCUCCUCUGUUACAUCUAACGCAGAGUACACUGGACCAAAGCUGUACAAGGAGCCCAGUGCCAAAUCUAACAAGCACAUCAUCCAGAACGCUAUGGCCCACUGCUGCCUCGCAGGCAGGGUUAACGAGGGGCCAAAGAACAAGAUCCUUGAGGAAAUGGAGAAAUCGGAGGCCAACAACUUCUUGGUUUUGUUCCGAGAUGGCGGCUGCCAGUUUCGCUCUCUCUACACUUACUGCCCGGAGAUGGAGGAGAUCAACAAGCUGACAGGCAUCGGCCCCAAGAGCAUCACGCGCAAGAUGAUCGACGGCCUCUACAAGUACAACUCGGACAAGAAGCAGUUCAGUCAGAUACCAGCCAAGACCAUGUCGGCCAGCGUGGACGCGGUGACGAUCCACAGUCAUCUCUGGCAAACCAAGAAGCCAGCCACACCUAAAAAAGUAGUGCCUGCCCAGUCCUAAUGGAACUUGAUACCCCAAACAUCACCAUUCCACCCCCCCUCAAAUGGAACAUACCCAUUUCAAUUUGCACUUCACUGUACAUAUCCAUGAAGAUUCAAGCACCUGCAAUGCCAGUUAAAUGAAUGCAUACUCGUCUUAUCAAUGUUUGUUUUGUCUCUCAUUGCAUUCCUGUCCUUGUUUUUAUUACUUACUCUGGACUGGACAUGAUAGGACUCAAAGAUUAUGAACAACUGGAAUGUAUGCCGCUGUUGAAGAAUGAUGUAAAUGCUUUAUCACUUCCGUGUUUUUUCGAGAUUUUACAUGUUUGAGUCAAAUUAUGAAGGCAUGUGUGAGUGUUGUUUUUGUUUCCUAUUUGCCAAAUGUCAAAAAAAGAGACAUUACGAAUGCCAGGACAUUUUACUAAAGCACUGAAUGUUUUUAAUUCGUGUACAGAUUGAUUUAUGUUCGCAUUAUCCUGUUGGCUGUGUGGCCUUAUGCGCGUUUCGUUUUAGCGUGUGAGUGCAAUGAGGUGAUUGCAAAACAGCGUAUGCAGGGGCUUUUUUUUUGUAUUUGGAAGAACACAUUUUUCUCCAUCUCUGUGGGUUAAACAGUUUGUAUAUUAAGGUACGUCAAAACUACAAAAGGGCCAAAAAACGAUUUGCAUACAGCUAGUGAUAGUCACACGGUAGAUGUGUGUUCAGCUCAACAAAGCCAAGCGGUUUCAGCUUUUUCAGAACCCUUUUUGAGAAAGUGAUUUUAAAGAAUGCAGGACGUUACUGUAGAUCACUGGUUCUCAACCUGUGGGUCGGGACACCUGCAGACGAUUUGAGCUGUAACGUGUGAUGUUUGGAAGAAAAUCUAUUUCUAAUAUACAAAUAUGCUGUCAUGUUUGUAAUUGAUGUGUUGAAUUUCAUUUUUCUCAUGUUAUACAGAAGUAGUUGCAACCUCAAGACUUAUUCCAAGAAGUAAAACUGACGGACAGUGAAAAUAAAAAAUCUUGCCCAAGUUAACCAUCUGGUUUGUUUUCACUUGGGGUUUACAAGGAGGCAUUGCUUCAGCCAAAAAGAUUGAGAACCAGUGUUGUAGAUCGAUUUGCAAACAAAUAAAACAGUUCUGUAUUUUA